UGCAUAUUGCAAUCUUCUGCAAUCUUCACCUCUACCUAUCCUCUCUAUGCAACAAAUCUCCUAGGGUUGAUCUGGUCAUAGAAUUUGUACCCUAAUUACCCCUCUCAUUGAGGUUGAAUAUCUGAAAUUAGUUGAUGAUGGUUGCUAUAAAAAUUGGUUUGAGCUUCAUUCACGGGCACGUUUGGAUCAAUCUAAUUCCCUUUGCUUACAACACCAUGACCAAAGAAUCUCUGCUCAACCUUCUCUCCAACGCAUCCAAAAUUUCUCCAGAUUGCAUAGAUGCAUAGCCUUAGAUUUUUCUCUCUCUACCAAAUCAUCUUCCCGAUUCAAGCUUCAGAGAGGGAACCAGGAAGAUGAUUAACCAAAACCGCUUCCUGAUUUUAUUCCGGAUCAUCGUAGGCCCUCAUGCUUUUGAUUAACCUAGCAGCGGUGACGAGAAGAGGAACGAAGUUGAGUGGUUAAAGCACCUCAGCCGUUUUUCUUCAAUGGAUCAGAUCAUGUUUUCAUUCACCACUCUUCACUCCAAAUGAGCAGCUCAAGGGAAAACUCGCCAGAUUGGUUGUGUUCUUUUCUGAAACAUAAGGGGGGAUGGCUAGAGUGUGCUGGUUUGGAAAGCUUACUGCUUCCUAUCAUGUGCUUCUCUUUGCUGGUGAGUGGUGAUGGUGUCAAAGUAGAUGAGGAGAUGUCAAAGUUACUUCCUUCUCAGAAAAAUAAAAUGAGACAAAAACAAAGAAAGGCAGAAGCAAGAGCUAAGAAAGGGGCAGAGGAAAAGAAUGAAGAGUUAAGUGCCAGUGAGGUAUCCAAGUCUAGAAAACGGCAUGUAAAACUUGUGAAUCCUGAUCCACAUGGGGAGAAGUUAUUGCAGGUUGAUGCUCCACUGUCGGAAGCUACUAAAUACUUGAAGUUGCUGCAGAAGAAUUCACCUGAUUCAUUAGAGACACUCUUGCUCUUUUUUGAAUUAUAUACAAGGAAGCAGAAAGUUUUGCUUACCUUUCAGGGCCAGCGGAUUAAGGCAACAAUCAGGAAAUCAUCAAUCUACUGCAAUAAUUUUCAUAUAUGGAUGGUGGAAAGAAUGAAAAAAAAAAAAAGCAUUUUUGAGUGGAAUUUGGCACCAAGCGAAAGUUGUUUAUGUGUUGAUUGAUGUAAGGUACGAUCAGUGGAACUGGGUUUGUGAUUGAAGACCCUUUGUGAUCCACUCAAUAGGUUAUAAAGAUAGGUUAGAACUAAUGUAUGUGUCCUUCAAUAGUAGACAUGUAUUGUCUAUGCUUUAAGUAACACCUGAAGUCCUGAAUCAAAACCCCACCACUUUUAUAUCACAUUAGGCAUCUACUGUAUGGUCUUAAUUAAAUUUACCCUGUUUGAGUGUG